UCUUCGUUACUGGAAUCGCGGUGUUGAAGUCGUGUCGUUCUUAGAUCGUCGUUGGAGCCUUUCGGAGUCGCCAUUAUUGGAGCCAUUGUUACUGGAGUCGGAAUGUAGUUACGUUACUGAAGUGCUGUUAGUGGAAUGGAAUCGCGUUACUGGAGUACUGUUAGUGGAAUGGAGUCACGUUACUAGAGUCGUUGUUAGUAAAAUUAAGUCGCGUUUACUGUUUUUGGCUAUACUAGUCAUCGUUUAUGGAACCGUCGGUUCUGGUAUUUUGCUUGUUGAUCCUUGUUGGUCUGAUUCGUCGAUUUGUAGUGUUGGUAUCCGCAGCAUCUUCUUAAGUAUCAUUGCUGAAGUUUCAGUAUUUGGCCUUGUUAGUCUUCGUUG